UGGCGACAACCGUUGAAGUUUUUGCGCGUCUUUAAUAAUUUCUCUAAUAAACCUCAAGCUAAGCGGCUGUGUGUGUUGUUUUAUGUGACUAUUUUUGCAAACUUUUUUAAUUAAGUGUUUUUUUUAUUCUAAAAAUCGGCAUUAGAACAUAUUUAAAAAAAAAAGCGCUCAAAUUAUAUUAAAAUAAUUUGAAAAUAAUUACAUUACUGAUUGGUCGUGUCUGUCUAUACGGGAUGCUGGAACGAAUGCAGUCGGAGGAUUUCAAUUGUGAAAAUGGGGCCAUUCAUAUGUAUGAACAUUUUAAAAAGAGAUGGCAACCAUAUUUGUUUGUUGUUUUUUUACCUUUUUGACGUUUGCAAAAUCUUCAUCGGCCGGACGCCCGCAAACAAAUUUAACGGGGAAUAUAAUCAAAAAAAUUGAACUUUUAAAGUUGUAUCGUCUAAGAAAAUCAACUUAAAGUGUUUGUAAAACGCAAGAAAAUUAUAAAUGAGUUGUUUAGUAAAAAAUUAAACAACAGUAUGAGUGCUUCAAGUGAUUGUUUUGCAUCUGUAACUAGUACGACAGCAAUUGCAGCGAACGGUAAUACAAUUGCAGCAACACAGUGCAGUGCAGGUCCUUCCCCAAAUCGUUGGUUAACCGAAGAGGUUUUUAAAUUAAUUGAUUUAGUGCGUAGCGAUGAAGCUAUCUAUAAUCAAAGGCACAAAUAUUACUUCUGUCGUCCUUAUGUUGAUAGUUUUUGGCGUGAGGUAGACGCAAUUUUGGAAAAGCACCCUGGUUCCAGUCUUGCAAAGUGGACAAAUUUGAGGAUUUCAUUUCGACGCGAGUUCACACAUUUCUUGCAAGAAAAAGUUCCACCAUGUUGGGCUUAUUUUGAUCGUAUGCUUUUUCUCCAACCAUUUCUUAGAAGAAAAAAGGAUAUGCCUGUGCAGCGCAACGACAGCGUGCAUGAUUCAAUAAAUCGCAUCAACAACAUCGCAAAUAAUUUACAACGUCAACGUGCCAUGGCAGUUGUUGCUGCUCAUAGUGGUCCACUGCUCCGAAAUUGUAAUAAUGCGACCAGUAAUAGCACCAUGCGGAAUAUUCAUGCACAGAUUCCACAUACCCAACAAUUACCAUUCGAUAACUCUUUUGAACAUGAACAACAAAAUAGUUUACGUUUUAAUGGCAAUGGAAAUGACGAGCAGCAACCAUCAAGAUAUACUAUAAUGGAAUCAGAUACAUUGGAAUCAUCACAUAAUAUAAAAAUUGAGUCCGAUGAUAUGUCAGAUGAUCGCAAUCCAGUUGUAACAAAUAAUAGUUACGAGAAUGAUGAUAACGAUGAGGAUGACGACGAUGAUAUAGAUGAUGCCAAUGAUGAUGAUGAUAUUGAUGAUGAUGAGUAUAUAACACGUAUGAGCAAUGUACGUCGUUAUUUAAAUCAAAGAUCUCGUUUGCACUCAAUUGAUGGUGUUACCAUUACAGAAAUUGGUACGGAACAAUCUCACCGAAUCAAUAAUUUUGAUCGAUCAGCAUUUGGACAGGGUCCAACAUCAUCAUUGCAACAUAAUAAUCUAUGUUGUGAACAACCAAAUUCAAUUUCAAAUGCCUCUCAUUCAUCUGAAGAACAGUCAACUAGUGAGAUGGCGGCUGCUGCACAAGCAUUAGCAAAUGCAGCUGCAAGUUCAGCUAAUGCAAACGUAAAUUUACGACAACCACCAACUACUGUAGCAACAACACAGCACAUAAACACAGCUCCAACUAACAAUAAUUACUUUCAUCGACACCUUGAGAUCUCAUCAAUAUCAUCAGGUUUGCAAACAUCUACUAGUGCUGCUCUUUUACGGCGUUCCAGAGCUAAUGAAGAAUGCAUUUGCAUAACUGAUCCAGAUGCUAUGUUUCUUAUGAGUUUAUUGCCAGACAUAAAGAAACUAAAUGGCCGUGAUCGUGGUAAGCUAAAAAUGGCAUUUCAAAAUAUUCUACAAAUGGUGUUGUAUCCGGAAAGCAAUCGUUAAAAGGUGCUGAUAAAAGAUUGUUGUUGUUACAGCUGCUAAUACAUCGUGUGUUAUUUAAAAUUUUCAUUCAUAAAAUACGCUGUUAGAGGAACUAUCACUUGUCAUCAUUAAAUUAUGUUGCUGAUUUAAGUUAAUUGGUAUGUUAAGUCUCUUAUAUUUUAUACAGUAUUUUAUGCUUUAAGAUUAACGCACUUUGAUACCUUUUUUUAA